AUGAAAUACAGGAGGAUACAGGAAGAUACAGGUACAGGAAGAUACAGGAAGAUACAGGAAGAUACAGGAAAUACAGGAAGAUACAGGUACAGGAAGAUACAGGAAGAUACAGGAAGAUACAGGAAAUACAGGAAGAUACAGGUACAGGAAGAUACAGGAAGAUACAGGAAGAUACAGGAAAUACAGGAAGAUACAGGUACAGGAAGAUACAGGAAGAUACAGGAAGAUACAGGAAAUACAGGAAGAUACAGGUACAGGAAGAUACAGGAAGAUACAGGAAGAUACAGGAAAUACAGGAAGAUACAGGUACAGGAAGAUACAGGAAGAUACAGGAAGAUACAGGAAAUACAGGAAGAUACAGGUACAGGAAGAUACAGGAAGAUACAGGAAGAUACAGGAAAUACAGGAAGAUACAGGUACAGGAAGAUACAGGAAAUACAGGAAGAUAAGGAAAUACAGGAAGAUACAGGUACAGGAAGAUACAGGAAGAUACAGGAAAUACAGGAAGAUACAGGAAGAUACAGGAAAUACAGGAAGAUACAGGAAGAUACAGGAAGAUACAGGAAAUACAGGAAGAUACAGGAAGAUACAGGAAGAUACAGGAGGAUACAGGAAGAUACAGGAAAUACAGGAAGAUACAGGAAAUACAGGAAGAUACAGGAAGAUACAGGAAGACAAAAUUGGAUUGCACUACAUUACACAAUUGUUUUAUCCUUCUAG